CUGUUUUUUUUUACUUUUAUUUAUCAUUUUUGGAUCUUUAAUUUAGCUGCUGUUUGUGGAGGAACUGGUGGUACUCUUCUCACUGCAACCCCUCAGCAGGCUAGUGCCGCAGUCGCCUCCCUAGCCGCUGCCGGUACCCCUGUUAUGAUGAUGGCAGCUCCAGGGACAGCUCAGCUACCACCUGGUGCCCAGCUCUCUGUUGCUAUGCCAACCACUAUAUUCUUCCACCAACCCUCCGCUGCUGCUGGUGGCUCAGCUCAGGUUGCAACUUCUCUGUCUGGUCCCCAGCAUCCACACACUCAGGUGCAUUCAAAUCAACAACAGCAACUGACUCAUCAUCAACAGGGCCAACAUCAGCAACAUCCCCAGCACCAACAGCAUCAGCAGGCCAAUACAACUGGGCAAACACACCAGCUGACUCAUGCAGGUCAACAUAUUACAAUUCAGUCAGCUCAGCAGCAUCACCAACAACAACAUCAACAUCAGCAGGUAUUGCUACCUUGUUAUGUGCAGACGUUAGACAAAUAA